GUUGUUGAGGAUGGAUACGAAUUUUUCGCAAAGCGCCAGUUGGUUACGCUAUUCUCUGCCCCUAACUAUUGCGGAGAAUUUGAUAAUGCCGGAGCUAUGAUGUCCGUUGAUGACACCCUUUUGUGCUCCUUCCAGAUUCUGAAGCCAGCUGAAAAAAAGAAGUAUUGCGUUGGAAUUGGCACAGGAAGUCGGCCAGUUACCCCUCCACGGAACACAAAAGCCAAAGGAAAGAUGUAA